AAUAGUACAUCUUUGUUUAAUUUGUCAUUUCUUAAAAGCAAAAUUUCAAAAGCGCUCGUCAGAGCUCACUUUGAGAUAUGAAAUUACCAUUAAGCUAUGUAAAUACAUUUUUUUAAAUAUUUUCGUAGGACAGAAUAUAUAGUCUAUUGGUGAACCACAGCGGAAAAUAUUAAAAAUUAUAUAUUUUAAUAAUUACGCACCCAUUUUUAUAAAUGACUUAUUAUACGAUUUUGGAAACAGCUUUUUAUGAGAAAAGCCCGAUUUUAUUCGUUAAAACUAUUUUGUAUCGAUUAACUGAGGAUGAAUAAAUAAUAAAAGUAAAUUUACAUAAUUAUUAUACGACGAUAGUUAUUACAAACUAUUAUUGAAAAUGGCCUAUAUAAUUACGCGCACGGGCGAAUGUGAUUUAGUACGCGCCGGGUCAUCCCAGAGGGUGGACGUAUCGCUCAUUUCCCGCGCGUCUAAAAGUUGAUUGACCUUACGUACGACCGAGGUUCAAAAGGAGUAUAGUGCGUCAUUGGAUUUGAUACUUUAGCAUGGGUAACAAACGCAAAAAAUAUAGUUGCAGUAGAAAUGCGAAGUCUGCAGCGAACGCCAGGCAAUCAAAAAGGUGCCAUGCUGCGGUUGUUGCAUUUAAUACCGGUAAACCACAGUACAAUUUAUACCAAACUAACUUCAAACAAAGUCCGAGGAAAGCUGUAAAAAUUCUGGAGUUGCGCCGGCGUAGGCGCAAUAUUCAUCGCCGCCGUCAAGGUCCUAAAAGGAAAAUAAUAUUUAGUAAUGAGAACCGAGACUACGGAGAGAAAUGCCAAAAACCAGAUUUGAGUCCAGAGCAGUACGACAUAGCCAAAAGUUUGUUUUUGUCUAAUUUGAAAGAACUUGUGGAAAAUCGUCAUGCCGUUGAACGUGACACGGUAUUACAAGCUGAAAGUGCGUUGUGGCUAGAGCUCCGUAGAUGCCUGUUGACAGCCUCAUCAUUCAGCAAGAUUUGCAAGAGACGACCCAACAUAAGCUCAGCACCUCUUGUGAAGUCCAUCGUAUACUCGUAUUCGUUGGACAAAGUGCCAGCCAUAGAAUAUGGUAAAAGUAAUGAAAAAUCUGCUAUAGACCAACUACAGCAACAAGAAAACAUCGUUGUGGAAAAGUGUGGACUUUUCAUCGACAAAGAGCAUUAUUUCUUGGGUGCAUCUCCCGAUGGUCUCUACAACCAGGGAAUUAUUGAAAUAAAAUGUCCAUAUUCUGCACGCAACAUGGAUGCUGAGGAAGCGAUAAGGCAGCGCAAAAUUAAAUUUUGGAAAUUGGACGGCACCGUUAAUACCAACCACGAUUGGUAUUACCAAAUUCAGGGGCAGCUUCACAUUAGCGAAAAGAAAUUGUGUCUUUUUGCUGUGUGGACUGGUCAACAAUUUCCACUUAAAGUGGAAGUAAUAUCAAGGGACGAGGGUUUUUGGUGCCAAAAAAUGAAACCGAAAUUAAUCAAUUUCUACGAAAAGUGCCUCUUACCUGAAUAUAUCGACCCCAGGAAAAGCCGGUCGAUGCCAAUCAGGAGCACUUGUUUGUAA